AUGUCAAUGUCACCGUCCAUAAUUAUCCAUCCAUUUUUUUGCCUAGAUAUGGGAAGUUGCUUUGGGCUGUUUCGCAAUUCCACCCCGUUACUCGAUAAUUCAGAAAGUGAUUCAUCCCCAUCGGAUGUUGCAAAUUUCAGCAGCUCACAGGUGCCGGUUUUUCACCUCAACCCUGGACUUUCUAUCCCUGCUUCCCGAUUGACAGAAGAAGAGCAAAUUCAGAUUAUUAAACGAAUGGACAUGAUCCAAUUCUUACCGUCGACUACUUACGUGCCGAUCGGUAAGGAGAAGCUUAAAGAGUACGUGGCAGUUAAGCUUACUAUUGUCUGGGCACUGAAUUUCCAUUUUUCUGGACAUCUGGGCUUUUCACUUGAUCGCUUGUUUUGCGUGUUCCCGUGCUCGUAUGUUGUCCCACCAGCAUUUAACCAUCUUGCUAACACUUGUUUCAUCCUCUCCCUUAGUGGUGGCAUUUGA